AUGGCAUUCAAGGCGAAGGAUCUUGAGUAUGACAAACAUGAACCAGCAUUCUUGCGGAGAAUGCGGGGAGAGUACGGUGGCCUGGAUGGGAGACACAAUGUCCAGAUCGCCCGGCCAAAGAAGGACAGACUGAAGACUGGCGAUGAUGAUGACGAUCCGGUCAUAGUGGACGAACAGGGUGAGCUGGUAGAGAAAUCAGAAUUCGAGCGGAGACAGAAGCAAGGCGAAGACCACGAUCAACAAACCGGCCCCGAAGAGGUGAAAAAUGACGACGAGGCACCAGGAAAAGAGCAACCAAGCGACAGGCAGAAAGUCACAGAGAUUGGAGGCAUGAAGAAACGCAAAGCUGUGAGAGUGGUUGGCGCCGAAGACGACGAUGGAGACAAAGUCGUUUCGGCAAUCGGAAAGGAAGAGACGAAUGGAGAAGUCAAGGUCGCAAAGAAGAAGGAUGCCGGGGCUGCGAAAAAGAAAGGCAAGAAGAUCAAAUUGUCUUUCGACGAGCCAGAAUGA